GUGAAACAAAACUACAUGUCGAGCUAAAAUAUCUCUUUAUACUGAAAAAUAUAACCACAGCACAGUUCAACAGACUUCAAGAGGAGUAUAAUCACAGACAAUUCUGACUUUCCACUAAAUGCGAGGCAAAAAAUAAAGGUUUAACUGGAGUAUAAAAUGGCAGAAGCUUCAUCACCACAACCAAGAAAAGGCAAAAGGAAACGCAUGGAUACACCAGAUUCUUUUUCUCAUGACUCCAGCAGUCUCCUGUCUGAAGAGCAGCUGCUGUGUUCGAUCUGUCUGGAUGUCUUCACUGAUCCAGUCACCACUCCAUGUGGACACAACUUCUGUAAGAGCUGCCUUACACAGUGCUGGGAGAACAGUCAACACUGUCAAUGUCCAUUAUGUAAAGAGAAAUUCACCAAGAGACCUAAACUGAAGAUCAAUAUAACACUGAGAGAGGUUGCAGAUCACUUCAAGAAGAAAAGUGCUUCUGACAAACCUGAGGUUCUUUGUGAUGCCUGCACUGGAGAGAAGCUGAAGGCCCUGAAAUCCUGUCUGGAAUGUUGUGCUAGUUUGUGUAAAACUCAUUUAGAGUUUCAUAAUAAUAUGCCCAAAUUUAAGAAACACAAACUAAUAAACCCUGUGGAGAAUGUGGAGGACUACAUCUGCCAGAAACAUGAGAAACCUCUGGAGCUGUUCUGUAGAGAUGAUCAGAUGUGUGUGUGUCAUUUCUGCACUGAGACAGACCACAAGAAUCACAACACUGUUCCUAUAGAGGAGGAGAGCAGAGAGAGGAAGACCCAGCUGGUAAAAACACAGACAGAUGUGCAGCAGAUGAUUCAGGACCGACUGAAGAGGAUAAAAGAAAUCAAACACUCAGUAAAGCAAAGCAAAAGAAGCACAGAGAAAGAGAAAGCAGACAGUGUUGAAGUCUUCACUGAUCUGAUUCACUCCAUUGAGAGAAGUCAGGCUGAGCUGCUCGAGGUGAUGGAGGAGAAGCAGAAAGCAGCAGAGAGGCAGGCUGAAGGACUCAUUAAAGAGCUGGAGCAGGAAAUCACUGUGCUAAAGAGGAGAGACACUGAGCUGGAGCAGCUCUCACACACUGAGGAGCAUCUCCACCUCCUACAGAUUUACUCCUCCAUGUGCAGCCCUCCACACACCAAGAACUGGACUGAGAUCAGUAUUAACACUGAUCUGAGUGUGGACACUGUGAGGACAGCUCUGUCUCAGCUUCAGAAGACUCUGAAUGAGAAACUCACUAAAACACUCAAUGACAAGUUAAAGGAAACAGUUUCCACAGAACUGAAGAGGAUUCAGCAGUAUUCAGUGGAUGUGACUCUGGAUCCUGAUACAGCCAGUCCAUAUCUCAUCCUGUCUGCUGAUGGAAAACAAGUGACAAAUGGAGACAAACGACAGAAUCUCCCUGAUACACCACAGAGGUUUAAUACAUGUCCCUGUGUUCUGGGAAAGCAGAGUUUCUCCUCAGGGAGAUUUUAUUAUGAGGUGCAGGUCAGAGGGAAAACUGAGUGGGAUGUUGGAGUGGUCAAAGAGUCCAUUAACAGGAAGGGGAAGAUUACACUGGGUCCUCAAAAUGGAUUCUGGACUGUGUGGCUGAGGAAUGAGAAUCAGUACAGUGCUUGUGCUGAUCUCUCUGUCCCCCUCACACUGAGAGAGAAGGUGGAGGUGGUGGGGGUGUUUGUGGAUUAUGAGGAGGGUCUGGUCUCCUUUUAUGAUGUGAAGUCCAGAUCUCAUAUCUACUCUUUCACUGGUCAGUCUUUCACUGAGAAACUCUAUCCAUACUUCAGUCCUGGUUUAAAUGGAGGAGGUAAAAAUUCAGCACCACUGAUCAUCUCUCCUGUAUUUAAGACUAGAUGAUUUUAGAUUCACAUAAAUUGGUAAGUUUAAAAAGGGAUUUUAAAAUCUGGUGAAUAUUUCAAAAACAACCGAACAACAAUAUAUGAUGUAAAAUAAUAAAAAAUGUUUAAAUAGCAAAAAAAAAAAAAAAAAACCCUGAAUUUUACUUUUUAAAGAUGAAAUCCUAAUAGAGUCUGUGAUUUCAUUGAGAUUAAUUCCAUAGAGUCUGUGAUUACAUUUUUCCAUUUUUUUAUAAUUGCAAAUUUAGUCUAACUUUUAUUACUCUAUCAUUAAACUCACUAUGGGCUUCCAAAACUUUGUCAUUAAACAAUUUAAUUAGUUACGGAGAUAAAGAGCAUUGCUCAAGUAGCCAACUAGUUUGGUUAACAGUCUGAAUUUUGUGUGGUUUUAUUUGGAGCUCUGUAAACCUCCCGAUACUACUGUAGUGAAGAGAUUCAGUCCUUGUUGUUAUUCUCAUCUGGUUUAAGGACACUCUUUUUAAUGUGAGACUGUCAGUCAGUAACAUCAUUGCCACCAUUCAGCAGGCAAUGCAAGCCACCAUGGCUAGACAACUUGAGAAACAGGUAUGUUUUCUGUGCAGAUUGAUACAACACAAGACCAGUGUUCUGUUAUUGUCAGAUAUGUCACUGAUGACAACAUCCAUGAGAGGCUUGUUGCAGUGGUGAAAUGCGAAGCAUCCACAGGGCAGUACUUUGUCCAGGUGUUGACUGAUGUUCUGGAAAGGAUGAAGCUAGACUUGAGCAGUUGCAUCAGCAAUUCUACUGAUGGAGCCGCUAGUAUGCAGGGGAGGUAUAAAGGCUUCAAUGCCUUGCUUUCUGCAAAAUCUCCUACAGAGAGCGUGUUGGCAAGUGGAUCACUUUCUUUCCUUUUGAAUAACACUGCUGUUUUUCUUCGAGAAUCAUACCAGAGAAUGAACAUCUGGGAGAAUAAAAGCAAAGACCUGAAACACAAACGCCUUGCCCCCAUUGGAGAAACAAGGUGGUGGUUGAAAGAUAGCAUGUUGAGGAAGGUAUUUGGAGAUUUUGGUAAGCCAGGCAAUGCAAUGUAUGUUGCUCUUCUCUUCACACUUUCAGCCAUAAAAGAUCAGACAAAUUUCAACACAAAUGCACAGGUAACAGCACAAGCUUCAUUGAAGGUCUUCUAAAGUAUGAGCCCAUCCUCACAGCCCAGCUCUUCCUGAGGAUAUUUGAUGUAACCUCCCCAGUGUCUAAAUAUCUGCAGACAAGCGGCCUGGAUAUCCUUGCUGCCCAUCGUAUGAUUGUCUCCUCAGAGGAACAGCUGAAAAAAAAUGGCACGAGAUUUUGAUAGUGUCAAAGCAGCUGCAGACACAUUUGUUCAGUGGGGCAAUAGGAAGACACUGGAGCGGAAUGCAGAAACAGACCUGGAACUGCAGGACACUCUGCCUCCAAAAAGGAUACAGAGGAAGAAAACUAUGCCUGGAGAGAUGGCUCAACAUGAAACUUUUUCUGAUGCAGAGAGUGCAUACAGAAUUGAGGUCCAUAAUUUGAUUAUGGACACAGUAAUUGAAAGCCUGCAUCAGCGGUUUCUGAGUAAUGGCACUUUGUAUGCCGACUUGGCUCUUCUGGACCCUAAAAACUUUGACCAGAUUACGGCCAACACCAGUGAUCUUCCGCAGACUGCACUUCAAGAACUAAACAAAUGCUUGCUUAAGUUUGACAGAACAGCUACAGUGACCAAUUUCUUUCAUGCUCAUGGCUUCAGAAAGAGAUGUUUAAUUGGCCUUGGAUAGUGAUCAGAUCAUAGAUGGCAUUGCUGAGAGAAGUGAGCAACUACGGAAAUUGCUCACCUAAUUAAAAGGAGAAGAAGGUAUUCAUUUUCAGAUGUAAGCUUGUCUGCUUAACCCUACUUGUAAGAUGUCUUCUUAACCCUACUUCUAUGUUGUCUUGCGUACUUGAUUUCUUUACACUAACAAAUAAUUUAUAAUAAAUAAUAAAUAAUCACUAAUCUGUUUUGUCUCCUUCACAGGAAUCCUUUCAUUAUCGUUAUAUCUCACACUGCAUCAAGAUUAUACCCCCUGACUAGCUAAAAUAUUGUCUUUAUAGUUUU